AUUAUGAUGAUACUUUAUCGUUUUAUAAAAGCUAUCGCGGUUUAGAUUGUAUCGAGUGGUUUGCAAACGAAUUAAAGGAGGUUGCUAAAUUUGUUCAAUUAAAAUUAAAAGGUAACAUACCCAUGAAUGUCGAUAUUGAUUUAAAAAACGCUAAAAAGUGUCAUAUUUGUAAUAAAUAUUUUAUACAGGGUGAUGUAAUUGUCAGAGAUCAUAAUCAUCAAAACGGACAAUUCCGUGGGUUUGCACAUCGGGUUUGCAACCUAAAUUACAAAAAUACAUUCAUGGUACCAGUUGUAUUUCACAAUUUAACAAAAUAUGAUAGCCAUUUCUUAAUAAAAGAUCUUGCUAACUUCAGUAGAAUAUCGCUUUUACCAAUAAAUAAAGAAAAAUACAUAUCCUUUACUAUUUAUGAUAAUGAAACAAUCAUAAAAUUACGUUUUGUUGAUUCAUUUAGGUUUAUGGCCUCUAUUUUUGAUAAAUUAUCAUCUUAUUUAACUGAAUAUCCAAUUUUAAGAAAGGAAUUUAAAAACUUGUCUAAUGAUAACUUAACACUUUUACAGCGCAAGGGUGUUUUUCCUUAUGAUUUUGUAGAUUCCGAAGAAAAAUUAGAUUUUCCUUGUCUACCUGAAAAAUCAGUUUUUUACAAAAAACUUAAUGAUUGUGAUAUUUCGGAAAAUGAUUAUGCGCAUGCUCAGCAUAUCUGGCGAGAAUUCGGUUGUCAAAAUUUAGGUGAAUAUUCAGAUCUUUACUUGAAAACAGAUAGUUUACUAUUAGCUGAUGUUUUCGAACAAUUUCGCAACAGUUCCUUUAAAACAUAUAGGCUUGACCCUGCACAUUACUAUACUUUACCUGAAUAUACCUGGGAUUGUAUGUUAAAGUAUACUCAAUGCCCUUUACAAAUACUAAAAGAUGUUGAUAUGAUCUUAUUUAUUGAAAAAGCAAUUCGUGGUGGUGUUAGUCAAUGCUGUAAUCGCUAUUCAGAGGCAAACAACAAAUAUAUGACUAAUUUUAAUCCAUCAAAACCCUCCAAAUAUCUACUCUAUUUCAAUGUAAAUGCUCUUUACUCCUGGGGAAUGUCUCAAUAUUUACCAUAUGAUGGGUUUGAGUGGGUUAAAAAUCAUGAAAACUUUGAUGAUUUUAAUGUAUCAGAUAAUUCACCUGUUGGAUACUUUUUAGAAGUUGACUUGGAAUAUCCGCAGCAUUUACAUGAUCUACACAAGGACUUACCCUUUUGCCCAGAAAAUCAAAAACCACCAAAUUCAAAAUUAUCUAAACUAAUGACCACCCUAACUAACAAAUCUAAAUAUAUUAUUCACUAUCGUAAUUUAAAACAAGCUCUUUCACACGGAUUAAUAUUAACUAAAAUACAUCGUUUUUUAAAAUUUAAACAAUCACCCUGGUUAAAGCCUUAUAUAGAAUUAAAUACAAAUUUACGACAAAAUGCAAAAAAUGAUUUUGAAAAAAAUCUAUUCAAAUUUCAAAAUAAUUCAGCCUUUGUCAAGACGAUGGAAAACAUUAGAAAGCAUAGAAUUGUUAAAUUAGUUACUAGAUGGGAAGGCCGAUAUGGUGCUAAAAAUUUAAUUGCAAGUCCAAAUUUUCAAAACCGAACUAUUUUUAAUGAAAAUCUUAUUGCCGUAGAACUUAGUAAAACUAAUUUAUGUUUUAACAAACCUUUAUACAUAGGUAUGGCAAUUCUCGAUAUAUUGAAAACAUGUGUAUAUGCUUUUCACUAUGAUUUUAUUUUAUCUAAAUUCAACCACACCAAAUUAUUAUACAUGGAUACUGAUAGUUUGGUCUAUGAAUUUAACUGUAAUGAUGCAUAUGAUGAAAUUAUUCGUGAGAAUAUACAUAGAUUUGAUACGAGUGAUUAUGCAAAAAAUAAUCAGUGCAAUAUUCCUUUGAUAAAUAAAACAAUACCGGGACUGAUGAAAGAUGAAUUAAAUGGAAAGAUUAUGUCACAUUUUGUUGGUUUGCGCUCCAAAAUGUAUACUUUUAAAAUUGAGGGUGAAAAAUGUGUUAAAAAAUCGAAAGGUGUUAAAAAUACUGUUGUUAAAAAUGGAAUAACAUUUCAAGACUAUUUCGAUUAUUUAAAUACAAAAACCGAUAAAAUUAUAAGUCAAAAUUCAAUUAGGUCUAUUACCCAUAAUGUUUAUAGCAUUAAACAACAAAAAAUUGGAUUGAGCUCCUUUGAUGAUAGAAGAUAUCUUUUAGAAAACAUUACACAUGAUACACUACCUUGGGGACAUUAUAGUAUUAAUCAUAAUUAAAUAGCAAUUUUUUAAGCAUUAUAUAAUAUAUAAAUUAUUUAAUUUAUUAUAAUUCCUGUAUGUUUUGCU